AUGAAAUUUGUGGAUUUAUUCAUCAAAUUGAGCGCACUGCUCUUGUUAACGAGCUUUACAAAUGCCUUCUACUACUUCAGCAAUGGAGGAGAGCGCAAAUGUUUCAACAAGGAGCUUGUUCAGGGCACCGUGUUACACGGCAGAUUUAAUGUUCAGUCUUAUGACGACAACCUCAAAGCCUAUAAAACUCCUUCUGGUGAGGAGAUUUCCGUGAUCUUGGAUGUGGAAGAGGUUUUCGACGAUAACCACCGGGUGAUGAAUCAGAAAAGAACCGCUCAAGGCGAGUUUACGUUCAAUGCUUUAGAUUCCGGCGAACACAAAAUUUGUAUACAACCACAGGCACAAGGAUGGCUAGCGAAAGUCAAAACAAAGGUUGAAAUUGAUUUUGAGACUGGCUCUGACCUACACUUAGAUUCCAAGGGGAAAGAGGUCAUGCAAUCGCUACAAAACAAGAUAAAAAUACUAAAUGAACGAGUCAUGGAGAUCAAGAGAGAACAGGACCUUGUUAGAGAACGUGAAGCCAUGUUCAGAGAUGUAUCCGAGUCCGCUAACUCUCGCGCUAUGUGGUGGACUGUCUUUCAGGUCUUCGUUUUGGGUGGCACUUGCGCAUGGCAGCUCAGACAUUUGCGCACAUUUUUCGUCAAGCAAAAGAUUUUGUAA